AUGCUCAGCAUCCUGCUGCUCUGCACAGUCGCGGUCAGCGCGACCGCCACCGCCACCAAUCACACACACGCUUCGCCCGUGGAAAAUACCAUUUGUGGGAGGCUGCCAGCGGUUUGCAACGGCACGUAUGCGGAGCGGACACUCGAGUUUGUUGACGAUCAAGCACUGACAGGCACUCUUCCGCCCGAGCUUGGCAAUCUCGACUUGACAAGUAUCCACAUGUGGCGUACCAACGUCUCCGGUACCAUUCCCAUGGAGCUCAGCCGCAUAUCAGAGCUGACCAAUCUCUCGAUUAGUUGGAGCCGGAUCUCUGGCACACUUCCGGCAGGGCUCGGCAAUCUCUCAAGGCUGGCCGAGCUCGACUUCUAUGGUAACAGGCUCUCUGGUACCAUUCCCGACGCGAUCAGCGAUUUCUCAGAGCUGGAAGAACUAAGCCUCGGCUCCAACGACAUUUCUGGCACCAUCCCAGCAAAGCUCGGCAAUCUCUCGAGGCUGACCAGCCUCUACCUG